UCAGGAUGCUUUUACAGCAGCAGUACCAAGAGCAGCAGCACAUUGCAGCAGCCUUGAUCUUGCCUUAAAUUUUAACCAACAUCUCUUGCUUCGAUGGUCCUUGCGCCUCCAGACCUAGAUCACUGCUGAGAGAAGCUCACUGCAUCACUGAAAGGAUCGCUUAAAUCCUCCUGUAUAGGGUUUUUUUUGUUCUUUAAACCCACCAAAAUUACACUUCUGGAUUUUGCUGGAAGAUGCAAUGUUAACCUGAAAUGCUUACAUCUCUUCCUGGCAACUGUAGGAACAUCACUUGCAACCUCUGCUAAACUUCAAUCGUUUUCUAUAUAUAAUCUUAAAAUAUUCGACAUCACAUUAAAAGACAUAAUCUGAUUUUUUUUUACACUUGCGACAUUUUUUUUUGAGCAGCUUUGGGAAGCUUUAGAAUCUUUUUCCAGAGUGUUCUGCUCCUUACAAAUUAAACAAAGUAGUUUUUCUUCCUCCUAGAGAUGGCCAACAGGGGACCCAGCUAUGGCUUAAGCCGAGAAGUCCAGGAGAAGAUUGAACAGAAAUAUGACCCAGAAUUGGAAAGUCGGUUGGUGGACUGGAUUAUUGUACAGUGUGGUGAAAAUACAGAGCAGCCCCCUCCUGGAAGGCAACAUUUUCAGAAAUGGCUAAUGGAUGGAACACUGCUGUGCAAGUUAAUAAACAGUUUACAUCCAAGGGGGAAGGAACCCAUUCCCAAGAUCUCAGAAUCAAAGAUGGCUUUCAAACAAAUGGAGCAAAUUUCUCAGUUCUUGAAAGCUGCAGAAAUUUAUGGAGUAAGAACAACAGAUAUUUUCCAGACAGUGGAUUUAUGGGAAGGAAAAGACAUGGCAGCUGUGCAAAGAACUUUAAUGGCUUUGGGCAGUGAGGCUGUCACAAGGGAUGAUGGGUGUUAUAGAGGGGAUCCAUCCUUGUUUCACAGGAAAGCACAGAAGAACCGGCGAGGGUUUUCAGAGGAGCAACUUCGUCAAGGACAGAAUGUCAUUGGCCUGCAAAUGGGAAGCAACAAGGGCGCCUCCCAGUCUGGGAUGACGGGAUAUGGCAUGCCAAGACAGAUCAUAUAACUCAAUCUUCCCCUUUAAAACACAGACACGCACACAGACACACUACAGCAUGGCUUGACUGGGGGGAAAAUAGCUAGUUACUGUUCAUGCUAAAAUCUGCUUCUAAAUUUCCCUUUUUGAGAUUUUUGGAUAUAUUUUUUCAGCUGCAACCUUUGGGUCUAAACUGUGGAUCUGUGUUUGUUGUGUGCCAAGUCACACAACACGCUGGUGCCACAUG